UCGACAAAAGCAGGCUUGACCAGCAUAAAAAAAGAUACUGGCCACAGCUCAAAACCUAACUCCGAGCGAAAAGAAUAUCUUGACAAUUUUCAUAAGAGCAAAGUUGCUAUCAGUAAGGAGGAUAAGAAAUCAUCUGUUAAACGUGUUGACGGAAUACUUCGGCCAAUUAUGAACCAUGUGAAGAAAGCAGAGGGAGGUGAAUUUUAUUGCCCAAAUGUGGUAAGAGCUGGCAGUUUUCCUGUGAAAACUAAGAUUGGAAAACCUGAUGAAUUUGAUACAAACAUUGUUUGUAACAUUGUCCCCGAUAAUACAAAAACCCGCGGAAAGGUUGAUUUUGAAUACCAGAAAUUAAACGAAAGGAUGGGGAAAUCGAACAAUAUGAAUAUAAAGAUGAACCUGAAAGACAUUCCUGGUGGCAAAGAAAUACCGAUGGGAUACGCAGUGGUAACAGUUAAAGACGGCACCGUCCCUGCAAAACUUACGUACAAUGGACAUUUAGUUCCAAGAGAAGUAAAACAAGACCUUUAUGGUAAAAUUAAAACUGCUGUCAAAGAUAUAGGGAUGAAAAAUGUGGAUGUGAGUCGUAACGCCCACGGACCUGCCUUGACGUUGAACAUACAUCAAGGUCAAGGUCUUCAUGACAUAAGUGUCGAUAUAACACCAUCAAUUCCGUGCAAGGUACCUGUGACAGAUAACGGUUGGCCUCGUCCGAAUACACGUAAAGCUUUCGAUAGCCGAGUACUUGAUGGCAUUAAAACCACCGGGACACACUUAGUUCCAAAAGGCGAUAACGUAUGGGCAGUUUCAUAUUCAAAAGCAGAAAAAGCAGCUCUUUCAAAGAUUGAUGAGGGAAAUGGCUGUCGGAGAGAGGUCAAUAGAAUAAUGAAGAAGCACGUCCAGGAUUGCACAUCUCGAUCGAAAGAUGGUCUUCCGGGAGUUUCCUCACAUUUGAUAAAACAUCAAAUUCUUUGGUCUGCGGAAAAACGUCCAGAUCAAAAUUACUGGCAACAUGGCAACAUUUAUAACUGCCUGAUUGAUACCAUGGGGGAUAUGGCAUCAGCCCUUGAUAGAGGAAAACUUCCAAAUUACUUCAGUAAUUCUGAAAACAUUCUACGUGGGAAAGAUCCUGGAGUUCUUCGGGAACUGAGUGGUCAUUUUAAGAGAGAAAAGGAAAAGUUAUUACAUAUGUGAUAUGAAUAACUUGUUUGUUAUAAUGCUAACUAAACGUUUAGGAAUUUGGAAUGUUUAAAUAGAAUAUAUACAACCUUCCAGCUUUACUUUUACACAGUAAAAUGAUGAAUUACAAGUACACAUUAUAACUUAUUCGUUGUGUUAUUGAAUAUGUAAAUAAUGUUUAUUUGAAUUUAUAGUAUCAUAGAGUAAUAAUAAUUUAGCGCAAAUCGAUUAUGUUGAUUCAUUUUCAUCGCAUGUCAAACAUGAAAAACAAUAAUACGAAUGAAGAAAAUAUUCAUAAAUAUAUAUAUAUGUGUAAAACCAAGGUUUUGUCACGAACAUACAUUAAGCAGUUUCAGCUUUUCUUAUCAGUCUUUAGUUAACAUCGCAAAUUCACUAACGAACUUGUCUGAGCAAAUUUAUUUGAAAAUACAAAGUAAAAAUUCAGACAUAACUGAAUAAAACUUUGUAAGAUGCUAUAAUGAUGUAUACUAAUACACCAAUUGCUUCCUUUUUAACUAUGUUUUGUUGUUCAAUAUAAAGUUAAAAAAAUACAAUAUUUAUUUUUAUCUUCUUACAGUUACACUUCCAUAGUUACAAUACAACUUUUUUAAUUGACUAUAUAAUUAUGUAAUAAAUGAUAUAACUCUCUAGUAAUUAUGUAAUACAGUAUAAAAAGGGUUGUUUCCCUUUAAAAGGUAAACAUGUUUGUUAAAUUGUUAUUAAAUAUUAGAUAAAUAAUUUUUCAAUCAAAGCUAAAUCUAAGUUGGUACUUAAGUUUAAAUCAAAGUCUGCACAUAUAAUAGUGUCUUUUUUCAUUAGGAUUUCGUUUUAUAUUUUGUGUUGCAUCAUUUAUUGUUCA